GCUCGAGCACCGCCGCUGUGGCACGGGGCGGCGCCGGGGGCGCCCCCGCCAUCGGCAGGCGCCGCGCCCGUUGCCCGACAGGAUUCCGCCAUGGCGGCUGCGCGUGGCGCGCCCGCGGCGGGGGCUGGCCGCAGGCGACCUUGCCGGGAGGCCGGCGGCCGCGGCUGGGGCAGCCGCCGGCGCGGCCAGAGGACCGCCCUGGCCGUGAUCGCCAGUGCGGCGCUCGCGGCGCUCCUGGGCGUGGUGCGCGGCGGGCCCGCCGCGUUCGCCGGCCUGGUCGCGGGUCGCGCUGGUUCCGUUGCCCGGCCUGGCAGCAGCCUGGUGUUGAGGCGGGCUGUGGACCUGACAACCAUGAAGGUCGCGGAGCUCAAAGCGCUCUGCAGAGAGCGCGGCCUGGAUGUGAAGGGCAGGAAGGCGGACCUCCUCGCGCGGCUCCAGCAGGAGCCGGCGGCGCCAGCAACAGCGCCGGCGCCAGCGCCAGCGCCAGCGCCGGCGCCGCAGCCGGAGGCGGCCGCGGAGGACAAGGCGGAAGACGACCGGCCUCCCUACGGCACGCCGCUGCCCGACCCCCACGAGGGGAAGCCCGAGGUGAUAGUUGACGACGAGGGGCGGAAGCGGUACCUCUGCCUGGACGGCAAGUACCGCCGGGGAGACCCAGAGUCGGUCGAGUGCACCGACGCGACGUUGUCGGAUUGGCUGACGGAGUGGGUGGUUGCGGCACGGACGGGCCAGCUGGAGGGCAAGGACCAGAUGACGUUCUUCCCAAAUGUCAAGAAGCCUUCGAACCCGCCUGGGAAGCCGGGCGGCAAGGGCAAGGACAUGCACUCCGACGAUGUGUUGCGCAGGCUUCCUCCGGGGAGGGACAAGAAGGCUCGUUGGGAGUACGACGGCGAGUCCGAGGAGAAGUUCGAGUACGUGGGUCAGCCGCGUGUGAAGGACGACCGGAUGAUGUGAGCACACAGCGCACCCGCUCGGGCGAGCGAGGCCGCGGCCGAAGCAGUAUGGCACGGCAGGUUCCUAUUAGUUGCCACAGAACCUUCUGACUGCCGCAGACUCUUCUUCUGAGUCUGCCUCCCUCCGCCCGCUCGGUUCCAAGCCCCCCCCCUCCCCCCGGGCCCUGCGGGCGGCCGGCCGGCCGCUCUUCGGGCCGGACGGAAUGGGGGGGGUAGGGAAGGGGGGGGGGGUACGAAGUCUGGUGCAUGCAGCUGGUUUCGGCCCCGCCGCCGGGCCCAUUCUUCGAUACACGGGCGCCUCCUGGCACCGGGCGGCGCCGGGAAACUCAGCUACGUGAGCUGAUUCUCAACCACCCCCUUGGCUAUCCCCCCCCUUUCGCCCAGCCCGAGCUCUGCCUGCCGCGGGCCAGCCUGGUGGAAGGGUUACGCAUUGGUCGUUGA